AUGCAGGGACUGCUGACCUUCAGGGAUGUGGCCAUCGAGUUCUCUCAGGAGGAGUGGGGAUGCCUGAACCACAGUCAGUGGGAACUGUACAGAGAUGUGAUGUUCGAGACCUACGGACACCUCGUCUUCUUGGGUCUUGUUGUGUCAAAGCCAGACCUGGUCAUCUUUUUGGAACAAAAGAGGGAGCUAUGGGAUGUGAAGAGAAAGGAGACAGUAACAAUCCAUGCCGGACAGAAAGGUUACAAUUGUAAGGAGUGUGGCAAAGCCUUCAACAGGCACUCAGCACUAAUUCAACAUCAGCGAGUGCACACUGGAGAGAAACCCUCCGAAUGUGAAAAAGGUGGUAAAACCUUUAAUGAUGCCUCAUCAGUAAAUGUACAUCACAGAACCCAUAAUGGAGAGAAACCUUACCAAUGUAAGGAAUGUGGCAAGGCCUUUACUCAACACUCAAACCUUACCAUGCAUCACAGAAUCCAUACUGGAGAUAAACCUUACCAAUGUAACGAAUGUGGCAAAUCCUUUACUCAACACUCAAACCUUACCAUACAUCACAGAGUGCAUACUGGAGAGAAACCUUACCAAUGUGAAGACUGUGGAAAAGCCUUUAAGAGAACUUCAGCCCUUAUUGAACAUCACCGAAUCCAUACUGGGGAAAAACCUUAUCAAUGUAACGAAUGUGGCAAAUCCUUUGCUCACCCAUCAAACCUUUACAAUCAUCACAGAAUCCAUACUGGAGAGAAACCUUACCAAUGCAAAGAAUGUGGAAAAUCCUUUACUGACCAUUCAACCCUUACCAAACAUCACAGAAUCCAUACUGGAGAGAAACCUUACCAAUGUGAAGACUGUGGAAAAGCCUUUACGAGAACUUCAGCCCUUAUUGAACAUCACCGAAUCCAUACUGGAGAAAAACCUUAUCAAUGUAAUGAAUGUGGCAAAUCCUUUACUGCACAGUCAGGCCUUAACAAUCAUCAGAAAAUCCAUACUGGAGAGAAACCUUACCAAUGCAAAGAAUGUGGCAAAUCCUUUACUCAGCACUCAACCCUUACCAAACAUCACAGAAUCCAUACUGGAGAGAAGCCUUACCAAUGUAAGGAAUGUGGCAAGUCCUUUACUCAGCACUCAACCCUUACCAUGCAUCACAGAAUCCAUACUGGAGAGAAACCUUACCAAUGUAAGGAAUGCGGUAAGUCCUUUACUCGCCAGUCAGGCCUUAACAAACAUCACAAAAUCCAUACUGGAGAGAAGCCUUACCAAUAUAAUGAAUAUGGAAAGACCUUUCACUUGCCCUCUGACCUUAAUGAACAUCGCUGA